AUGGGUGCCGUACUCUCUUGCAUUCAAGAUGGCCUUAGAGCUAUUGGCGGUUGUCUAAUGGCUAUUGUCAACGGCAUCGGCAACAUCCUCAUGGCCAUUGUCAGUGGCAUCGUGUCCAUUUUCGACGCCAUAAUUUCAUGUCUCACCUGCGGCAGCUUCAGGAGACGGAGGUCCCGCAUGACCAUGGGUACCACUACUACACAUCGUUCACCCCGCAUGCAUCGCCAUGGGCUCAGGAGGACGAGAGUUUAA